UAUUGUUCCAAACUAGAAAUAUGCAAGUGCCAUCCAGUAAUAACUCCUUAAUCCCAAUGACAAUCCAAACAACAAAAAAACAUGUGGCGGCAGCAGAGUGCACAGAAAUUUAAUAUCUCCAGAAGUAGUUGUAAUAAUUUUGAUAUUUUUUUACUAUAAAUAGCAACAGAUGAACGACCAAGGUGGGAUUUCCUUCCCUGCUCGUCUUCUCCAUCUCUCUCUUUCCACUUAUGGCAGCAACAACACCACUCGCCCGAGUCCACUCGGCCACCACCGCCUCAGCUCGUUUUCAACUCGUUCCUUGUGAUUCUGAGUCGACUCAGUACCUCCUUUGCUCCACUUGAGCGAGUUGUAAGUUUCCUGCAACUCCAUUUAUGCAUUCAUAUGAUCUGUCUGGGGGAUUGUUCAUUCAUUCAUUUAUAUGUGAGAAAGCACAAGCAGAAAUAGCAUUGACAAUGGUGGUGGGUCUUCCAUCCCAAUCCUUUAUUGCUUCUCUCUUGGGUUUCUAGCAUGGGUGCCUUGUGAUGUGAUCAAAGGAGUUACUGAUUUCGUUUCUCAAAAUCAAUUUUCUUCAGAAAGUCCCCGUUUUCUUUUCCUUGGCAAAUUUUUUGUUGUUGGAAUUUCUCUGAGUCAAGUCGAAAGAAAGAAAUUGGAAGCUUUGGCCUUCGGAUGUUUGCUGUGCCAACUGGGGUUUGUUUGUUUUUGCGGUUUAGCUUUCUUUUCUAAUGGAAUUUGUAAAUUUCACAUUGGAGAAACCCUCUAGUUUGCUUUUUUUUGUCGGUUCGGGUGCAUUGUGUGGAUGUAAAGAGUAGGAGAUAGAGAUGAGGAUAAAUAAAGGAGGAAGGUUAGGAUGGGCCCUUUUAUUGAUGGAAUUUAAUGAAUGGUGGGUAAUGGUACUGGGGCAUAUUGUUUUUUUCCAAUUGACAUGUAUGUAUGGUAUGGUAUUUAUGUAUGUAUGUGUGUGUGUGUGUCAUGGAAAAGAAAAUGAUGAUUGAGCCCUUUGUGAACUCUCCAUCUCAAAACAUAUGUGGUUCCUUGAGAAGAGAAGGAAAGGGGAUUGGAUUUGUGUGGUUUGGGAUGGAACUUGAACUAGAGGCAUAGAUAGAAUUUUUAGUUGCCUUGCAGCCUGUUAGCCAAUUGACCUAGAGUACUGUGCCAACUCAUGGAUAAGAUUGUUUAUAUGUCAAGGACUGUGUUAUACAUUGUCCUUGCACCUUAGGGCACUUAACUCCUCUUGACGAUAAAAACAAACAAAUAGCUGAGGUGUUAUUAAGAGCUAGCGGAGAUGCUCAAAUUUGUAACAAGGUAAGUGCUACGAAGUUUUGGCAAGGAGGGUAAGCAUUAAGCAAGGAAAUGUUGUUUUUUUCUUGUUGUCUUUUUGGAAGGGUUAGGCAAGAAGUGUUUGUAGCUUUGACGUUGAAGUCACAUCUAUAGACUUGAAAUUCAAGGAUUCACAAGUGGACUAAAAUGUAAGCAAGGCAGUGUUUGUGGCUGUAACGAGGAACUCACAUCUAUAGACUUGAAAUUCAAGGAUUUGCCAGUGGACUAAAAUGUUUGUAGUGUGCCUAUUGCUAUUGCUUUCUACAAGUUAGGGACCAGUGUAGGAAUCGUGUUGCAUGGUCCUAUUCCUAAAUGAAUUGAACAGAAAGACUUACUGUAUGAGAUGGAUCCCAAGUUGCUUUGUCGUUAUUGUUGACUAUGAAGUUUUCAUUUACUUCUUUAUGAGUGUGGUAGCCCAAUCUAUCUACCCAACUAUUUUCUAGGGGAAGGCAGAUCAAGUUCAUCAAUCCACAACACAUGUGGGUGUAUGAAGAAUUGGAGGAGAGCAAUUAAUAUUUUGAGCUCUAGUUGUUUGAUAAUGAAGUGACAGAAUUGAUCACUGUCUAUGAGGUCCCCAUGCUGUAAAUGGGGCUUGACUUGUGGUCUGAAUUUCUUCUUUUUAACUGUUCCUUUGAGGCUAGUAACUAUUCAUGACACAAAAUAAACCCUGUCGUGGGUAGCUCAUUUGUUGUUACCACUUUCCUGGAAUGAUGAGAGUGUCAGUUGCUAGGGAUCCGAACAACUGUCUGAAGGUUUGAUACUGUCCAACUAUAUAGGUUCGUUUCCUAAAAUGAAUUAAGGUUAUGUUACCGGCCUGAUUCCUUCGAAUAUUUGUCCUAAUGAUGAUGAUUAUAGAUAAUGCUAUGUUAGGAACUUUUGUACCUUUUAUUGCUGUUCUGAAGUUUUGGUAUGUUAAAAAAGGAAGGUGCUAGUUUCCCUUUGAAAUCUAUGGUUCUGGUGCAAUUUAUAGCAAGAGUGCUGACUCAAAUGCUACCAUUGAUUGGAGAGGAGACGGUAAGAAUCUGCAACAAAAGUUAGGAUUGUCGGAUAUGGUAUAUUCUUUACUGAUGUGGUUCUAAAUUCUUUUGGUGCUCUCUGAGUAGGAUUCUGCUUGGAUGGAGGCUGGUAGAGGAUUUUAUUGCCUGUGCUGCUGCGGUAAAUUUGUGGCUGGUGGUGGUGGUGGGGUUGUUGUGUUGUGACCAUUCAGGUGGCAUGUGCUAAGUGUUAUUGUCUGGGCCAGAAUGGGAAGGGGGAAGAUCCACUUGAAGACCCCUGACAAAUUUAAUUCCACUUGUUUGCUUGAUGGGAAAGUAGAUUAAUCACCUCGCCUGAAAGGGACACCCUUUUUUUCUGGCCAAAUAACACUUUGUUUCCUGUUUGUUUUCAUCAUCUUCAUUUCUGUGGUACCUGGAGUCCUCUUUAGAAUUCAGGGGAAGAGAGGUUGGUAAUCUGUUUUCCUUGAAGGGAACAUCAGAAGUUUCUCUUUAAAACCUGUUGUAUAACUCUGGGUUUUGGAAGGUGAAACAACUGAAAACCUAAAGGUUCGUGCUUUAAGCCAAUCUCAACUUUCCUCAAGUCACUUGAGAUGAAAUUUACCCUUAUCCCGUUUUGCAUGUUUUAUGUUCUGUACAUGUAGAUUGAGCUGUGGUUUCCAGCCUGCAAAGGGGCCUUCAGCGUUUCCAGCCUUCUGUCCUUUUACUGCUUCAUUCCAGCUUGCUGUAAUUAGCUAUUUUGAACUCUGAAUGCUAGAUAUUGGAGUAGAUGUAUCUAUGAAGGCAACUGUAAAUGAGACAUACUGAUAGAACCACACUAUUUCUCUCAUUCUGUGACGACUACUUCUGUUGUUAUGGAGUGGAAUUUGAAGGCUGCAUCAGAUUGGGACUGGGAUAACAUAACUGGGUUUAGCUCCAAGACAUUUGGCACUGAGAAACAAGUAAAGCACUUCUUAACCCUUGAUGAUGCUGAAGAAGGGCUUGGAGGAAUCGAUAGUGGAUACAUCUACUCCCAUGGAUGUGGUGGUGGUUUUUCAGGCUCUGAUUCAGGACAUGGCUCCUCAUCUAAGAGCUCUGUGGAAGGACUUCCUGACUAUAUCAGUAAGAAACAUUUGAGCAUCGUGGGAAAUGUUGAGAAUGUUUCAACCAUGGAUGCUUCUACUAGCUUUGGGGAGCAAAUAAUUGGUCCGAAGCUUGGUAAAAGGACGUACUUUGAAGAUGUAUACGCACCUGGAAAUGCCAAGUCAUCAUCUUUGUCUGCUUGCAUGAUUGCUAGCUCCUUUGUUGCUGCUGGAAAGAGAACUAGGGCCUCGUGUCAGAGUUUACAAUCACCAUGCUGUCAAGUUGAAGGAUGCAACCUUGACCUCAAGUCAGCUAAAGAUUACCAUCGGAGGCAUAGAAUAUGCGAGAACCACUCAAAAAGUCCCAAGGUCAUUGUUGCUGGUCUGGAACGUCGGUUUUGCCAGCAGUGCAGUAGGUUCCAUGAGUUGUCAGAAUUUGAUGACAAAAAGCGAAGCUGUCGUAGACGUCUGUCCGAUCACAAUGCACGUCGUCGCAGGCCGCAGUCAGAGGCACUCCAAUUCGGUUCAACUCUGUCUGCAUCGAUAUAUGAUAAUAGACGGCAGAUGAACGUUAUGUGGAAUAGGGUUCCUUUACCAGCUAAAAGUUUCACAUGGCCAAGUAGUUGUGGGCUUAAAUUCGCACAAGCAGGAGAUUCUUUCCUUAGAUAUGCGAAAACAGAAGGCAUGAGUAGGCAGAUGAGUGACUUGUCUAAUGAAUUGAAUGACUCAACUUCUACAUUGCCAAUGAUCUCAGACAAGGGUCUGUCUUUCAGGAGCAGUACACCUCAGAUCUUUAAUCAAGGUUUCGAGGGGUCUGCGGUAACUUGUAACCAAGAGAUGAACCCUGAGUUAGGGGGUGCUCUCUCUCUUCUGUCAACCACUUCCUCCUGGGGUAUGAAUGAGCCUCCUGAUUUAGCUCCGUUCGACCAGCUUAUGCUCGUGAACGAAACAAGUACGGGCCAGACGAUGAUGCACGCAGAACCGCAGAGUUGGUCGCUCUCAUCAUCAGAAAAUGCGCCAAUGGAGUCCCGGGUGAAUUCAUUCGAUUUACAAGACAAUGAAAGUAUCAGUUUCCAGAAGUUCCAGCCGUUCAAAACACCUUAUCACUCCAACUGCUUCUACUCUGAGAUGGACUAAGUUGUUGGAAACUGAUGCUUAGUAUGCUGAUCCAUCCUAUGAAUUGUUGAUUCCGGUGUUGCGUUGUUAACUGGGUUUUCUCAGCAAGCCAAAAACCAAUUGCCCUUCUCCCUAUCCUCAUUCCUAGUCAAUUGUUAAUUGCUGUUGAACUCAGAUUUUGCUUUCUUUGCAAACGUUUGGUUGGACAGGCUUAGAAUUCUCUGGUUGGACGUCAAUUGCUUAGGUGAAUGAAUGUUGGGUUCACUUCUUGAUCAUUGGAUGUGAGAUGGUUAGCGUUCCUAGCAAGUUGGGACUUUAUCCAAUGUGGUUCCUGAAUUUGGUGAAAUGAAUAAAGUUUCAAAGACAAUCAACAAUGUUAAUGAUUUUUGUAUCGUUACACUUUUUUUUUUGUUGAAAAAAUGGGAUACUAAAAGGGCGUCACUGUCUCACACUUAUAUUAAACGAGAUUAGACCAAAGACCUGCUUUCCCAUUUCAGUGUUGUUGAUUGACUUCAUCGACUCUGCUCAAAAGGACACUCUUAAAAGAUUCAAUGGUAUUUGCUUAGUUAGGCCACUUCAACAUUGCUACUAUCCAUGGAGAUUUUCAAAGUCACUGACCGUGACAGUGCUGACUAAUUUUCUCUGUAUCGUUUCAAUUUUAUCGAAUGUCCCCGAAGAGACGACGGUGACAGUGCUGGGCUAGCACAAUUGACUGAUUUUGGACUAAAAUAGCACCCAAGUCAAGUAGCUAUAAUUUUUUUUUCUCUAUACAUUAUUAUGUUGUGCCACAAACGGUCAAUCUGCUUCACUAUUAUCUGCACAUUUCUACAUACUUUUUUGGUGGUGCGUGAAAUGAAUAGUGUACUAGUUAAUAAUAUCUCAGAUUAUAUGAUGGAUAGCUAGGUUGUUAACUUUCAAUCGUUUCUAGAUCUGUAUGUUUUGGAAAUUAAUGUGGUGUUGAUUAUUUGUAUUUCAAUUCUAAAUAGGAUACAAAUUAUAUGUUGUUUUCCCGUGAGAAAAUCUAGAUGAACAGAAUUGGAUUUUGCACCUUUGACUUUCAAACAAACGAUUAACAAACACGGUCCACACCUCUUUGAACAAAGUUCAAACAAGGUUGUUCGAUGUUCUUGAUGAUCUACGAGACAAACUAAUUUACAUUAACUCUACUCCUAUGGAGGUUCAGUGAGAGCUCUGAAACUACAACUAUGGCUAUGACUACAUUUGCAGAGGAAAAGGUAAAGAUAAAAGGAUAAAAUUUGACAUUGUGUUGUCUGGUGUGAUUUUGGCGAACCCCUCCUCUGUUGACUUCACUUCCUAUUUAUAGCCACAAGAAGUAACUGCUUUCAAAAAACCUCUCUGUUGAUGUGGAGUGAUGGUUACUCUCUUCAACUGCUCCACUUAUGCCCUGACGACGGUAGUGCCCUCCUCUAGUCCUCUUGAGACUUCACUCUCGCUCUUGGUAUCUUCUCCGUAGCUUUGCUUGUCUAUAGAGAAAAAAUGGCUAAGGCAUGAAAGUAGACCACGUGCCACAUAUGGGUGGAUACUCGAAUCACCUGAGUCAAAAUGGCAAAAAUAAUUCAUCAUUACGAGAGUAGGGAGACCACGUGGAUGACCCCCCUUGACCACCUCAUGGUGGUGGUGUCCAGGGGCAACGCCCCGCGGUGUACGGGCUCAAUGUUAUUUGGGUUCGGGUUCUAGGCCUGGUCUGUAGCAGUUUUCUUUGCCAUAUUGGAUUAGCUUUAGACCCAUAUGGAGAAGUACUAUAAAUACUUCUCAUACUC